AUGUUGUGGAAAUGGACCAGGUUUCAAAUCUUCCUAAGCCGCGAAGCCGCUGUUCUCAAGAAGCUGAACGAGUUUGUUCGGAGGAUCGUCAUUCAGAAUUCGACUCCCGAUUGGCUCCCUUUCGCCCCCGGCUCCUCCUUCUGGGUCCCUCCGCACCAGAACACCGCCGCUAAGAUUGCUAAUUUGGUCGACCAGGUGAUGCAUCCGUUGACGGAGGAGGAGGUUCUCUCUCUGUCUUCUCCUUCUGGCUGGCCUUGCUCCUCUUUCUUCACUCCUCCUCCAGAUGAUGAUUCUUCAUCUAAACAAGAGGUAGAAAGUAGCACAGAGUUGAACGUUCCGGGGAAUGAGAUGCUGGAAGUCAAGCUAGCGCAGUUUCCAGAUCCAAUCUACUUGUUGAAACACGGAGACAAUGAUGAGUGAUUUUACAUUUCCAGCUCACGUGGAAGGCCAGUCCUGAUGCAUGGUUUGCGUAGACAGGCUUUGGA